UACUGCUUCUCGAUCCAAAAAAAAUAAAAAUCAUGUUAAUCUAAUUAAGCGUUACAUCUUUAUUUGCAUAUUGUCGGAGAGAGAGAGAGAGAGUUAUCGGCAAUGGAGAAUGCGGUGUUGAAACUUCUGCUGGAGAAACUCCAUAACAUGAAGACUGACGAAGAGGAGGAGCUGAAGAUGCAACUCCGCAGGGUGGAAGGCUUCCUCAAAAAUUUCACGGCGAAGCAGCGGAAGUACGAUCCCGUCGUGAAGGGGCUCGUCCACCAGGCAACUGACCUCAUUUACGAGGUGGAUGACGUCAUAGACUCCAUCUUGAUCCAUAAAGCCAAUCAGAUUCACACUAGUCUCCGCUUGUCUUUUAGACGUCGCUGGAUGCCAGGCAGAUCAACAAGCCAACUCACUGGAGUUAUCGCAAAGAUCAAAAGCUUCUUAUCAUCCUCCGAUGAGGUGAAGUCUAACUUCGCCAUCGACCAAGAGAACAAUGAAGACAAUUUGAAGGAUACUGCUUUAAGACGAUAUAAAAUAGUGGGUUUUGAAGAGGAGAUGAUUACAUUGAUUGGAUACCUUUGUGAACAAACCGAGCAACUUGAUGUCAGCGCGAUAGUUGGUAUGCCCGGGAUCGGGAAGACAACAUUAGCAUGGAAUAUUUAUGCAAACCCAAAAAUCAAGGAUGAAUUUCCAAUCCUUAUAUGGGUUCAUGUCUCGGAUACUUUCACGGAUAAGAACCUCUUUCUCGCCAUUUUGAGGAAUUUCUCGCACGAUGAUGUAACUGAGAAAAGUGUUGAGGAGUUGGCCAAACUAGUGUAUGGCCAUCUAGAAUGUGGAAAAUUCUUGAUUGUCUUGGAUGAUGUACGAUCAGUUGAGGAUUGGGAUCGACUCAAAAGUGCUCUACCAAUAUCCAAUAAGUUAGGCAAAGUGUUGAUCACCACUUGUAAUGAGGCAGUGGGGCGGUAUGCUAGCAGAAGUAGACUUCCUUACAAGGUUCGCUUCUUAAAUGAUAGCGAGAGUUGGUCGCUGCUCCAGUUUGAGGUUUUUGGUAAGCAAGAUGGGUGCCCUCAAGAGCUGGAAAGCAUUGGAAAGCUGGUAGCAAAGCAAUGUGAGGGGCUGCCGCUUGCAGUAGUUGUCAUGGGAGGUAUUGUUGCUCAAAAGGACAACCCAUCUUCAGAUAUGGCGGACAGGAAAGCUGCAUGGAUCGAGGCAUGUCAAGACAUCCCUCAAUAUCUUAAUGAGAAAUUUUACGAUGAUUUGCCCCAACACUUGCAGCUUUGCUUUCUCUAUUUUGGGAUGUUCCCUUCUAACUUUGAGAUAUCAGUUUGGAAUUUGGUAAGAAUGUGGAUUGCUGAGGGGUUUAUAUUGAAAGAAGGGGUUUUGAGUUUGGAGAAAACUGCUGAGAAUUAUCUAGAGGACCUUAUCAACAGGCACUUGGUUGUAGUUGGCCAGUAUGGUGGUGAUGGUAAAGUUAAAACAUGCCGCAUUCAUCAUACGCUCCAUGAUUUUUGCAAAAUCAAAGCUAGAAAGGAGAAUGUCCUUCAAGAAAUUAGGUUUAUAAAUGGAGUCUUUGAACCCCCAGUUUCUCAACUGUCACUCAGUCGCCGUCUUUGUAUUCAUUCCUAUGUUCCUGGUUUUCUGGAUUCCAAACCUUCAUGUCCUCGUGUCCGUUCCUUUGUCAGUUUCUCCAGUGAUGAAACUAACUUGCCUCCAAAUAGUAACUCAGCUAUCCCCGAAGCUUUCCAACUACUUAGACUUUUAGAUAUCAAGCCCAUUGUAUUCUCGAAAUUUCCUAGAGACUUGUUCCAAUUGAUUCACUUGAGGUACCUCGCUAUGUCCUUGUCUAUAAGUUCUCUUCCUAUUGGCUUCUCCAAGCUUUGGAGCAUGCAAACUCUUAUAGUGGAGACAACUUGUCGUACCCUUGAAAUCAAAGAAGACAUUUGGAAGAUGGCUAACUUAAGACAUUUUAAGACAAAUGCUUCUGCUGAUUUGCCCAGAUCUAGUAAACCUACACAAGAAGCUCUAGAGCUCCAAACACUUGGCAUGCUUUCACCCCAAAGUUGCACGGAGGAAAAUUUGGGCAAGGUUCGUAAUUUGAAGAAAUUGGGCAUUCGUGGAAGACUCUGUGUCUUAAUGGAUGAUAAGGAAGACUCAUUCAACAGUGUGGGAAGACUGGCUAAUGUUGAAAAGUUGAAGCUAUUAAAUGAUGUAUUUCCUCAUGCACCUUCACUAUGUCGAGUGCAGAGUCUUCCCCCCGCUGCUAACUUUCCUCCGGGAUUAAGGAGCCUAACACUAUCUGACACGCUUCUUGAUUGGAGUCAGAUGCACAUCCUAGCAUCUCUGGAGAUGCUGAAGGUUCUCAAGUUGAAAGAAAAAGCAUUUGUGGGCCAUACCUGGGUGACAGAUGAUGGAGGUUUUCGCAAUCUUGAAGCAUUGCAUAUUGGGCGCACAGAUUUAGUGAUUUGGCUCACUUCAGCCUAUCACUUCCCAAAACUUAUGAAUCUUGAGCUGUACAAAUGUGUGAAUCUUCAAGAAGUUCCGAUUGAACUUGCUGAUAUACCAACAUUCCAAAGCUUGGAAUUGUACCAAACUGGACUUGCGGCUGCUUCUGCAAAUAGGAUUCAUGAGAGAAAGCAGAAGUAUAUUCAAGAGCUAAGCAACAAACACAGAUCUGCUUCACAUUCACGCUCUAGAGCGUUCAAGCUCUCCGUUUUUCCUCAAAAUUAAUUGAUGGCUCACACCCUUAUUGAUUCUCACUUGCAAGAUGCGAGCUGAAGUUUCAAUGAGAUUAGGGAAGAAUGGGUGCAUGGGAAUCUUGUCAAGAAAACCUCUUCUACUAGUUUGCAUAAAUAGAACUGUGCUUUGAUUCCGUACGUUAUUCCAGACUGUAAUGUUGUUUGUUUUACUAGUUUGCUUGGGUGUGACUGUGGGAGACUUUGUCUUUAUAUCAUUGUAAACUUAUAAUUAUGUUGACUUGGGACUUUUGUCACUGUUGUUACGGUAACUAUGGUUGGAACCUUUUAUGUUAUCAACACACUUUUUCUUCUA